AUGUGUUUAAUGAUCCGUGAUAUUAGGAUAGAGGUUAUCUGUGAUGCAAGGUCUUUCCGAGUUUUCGAGUACAGUUACACUCUAACGACCAAUGGUCGAAUAGAAUAUGCAAUGCUGAAAAAGCGAUAAAAGCAGUCCCGCGGGCAUUCACUUUCUUAAAAAUAAAACUUAAUUUUUUUUAUGAAUGUACACUUGACUGUUACACAAUCAAUAACAGGAAGGUCUUAUCAGUUCAUACGUAAUAUGCACGACACGUUGCUUAACAAAAACAUCAAAAGUCGUAACCGACUGACCGUAACAAAUUUGUUUACGUUGGCACUUGUUGAAUUGACGGUAUCUUUUUAAUGCAUUCGUGAUUUGUCGUGGUUAUAUUCAACAUGUAUCGCACAAAACUCAAAACCUUACUUCCACAUAGAAGAUGGUUUUCAUCUGAUGGACUAUUGGCAAAGCUGCCAAAGGUGCAAAAUAUUUUACAAGAUGCUACAGAGGCAAAUGGGCAAUCACUUGCACUGACUGAUACAUUUGGUCGACAUCAUACUUACUUGCGCAUAUCACUCACAGAACGCUGUAACCUGAGAUGUACGUACUGCAUGCCCGCUGAGGGAAUAAAACUUACAGCUCAACAAAAUCUUCUGACAACCGAAGAAGUUAUCCGUCUAGCAGAACUGUUUGUAAAGGAAGGAGUAACCAAAAUCCGUUUAACUGGAGGAGAACCCACAAUUCGGAAAGACCUUGUUGAUAUUAUUGGAUCUCUAAAGAAGCUUGAAGGUCUACAAACAGUGGCCAUAACAACCAAUGGUUUAAUGUUAACUCGUCAACUGGUAGCCUUACAACGAGCAGGCCUAGAUGUUCUCAAUGUGAGCCUGGACACCCUCCGUCCUUCUCGUUAUGAGCAAGUCACUAGGAGAAAGGGAUGGGAACGAGUAAUGGCAGGAAUAGACUUAGCCCUCCAGUUAGGUUACAACUCAGUCAAGGUAAACUGUGUGCUGAUGCGUGGAUUCAAUGAUGAUGAGAUUUCUGACUUUGUUCAACUGACAGAAGACCGUAAUCUGGAUAUCAGAUUCAUUGAAUAUAUGCCAUUUGCUGGCAACAAAUGGAAUGAUGAGAAAAUGGUGUCAUACCGUGAGAUGAUCCAGACACUGAUAGCACAGUGGCCUGAAUUACAUGCUUUGCCAAAUGGUCCAAAUGAUACAUCCAAGGCAUAUAAAGUCCCAGGUUUCAAGGGACAAAUUGGAUUUAUCACAUCUAUGAGUGAACAUUUUUGUGGUUCAUGCAAUCGCCUUCGAAUAACAGCAGAUGGAAACCUUAAAGUAUGCCUCUUUGGAAAUGCAGAGAUCUCUCUCAGGGAUGCAAUGCGUAAUGGAUGUAGUGAAGAUGAUUUGCUUGCAUUAAUUGGAGCAGCUGUAAGAAGAAAGAAGCAGCAGCAUGCAGGUAUGCAGAAUCUUUCUAAGAUGAAGAAUCGACCUAUGAUUCUUAUUGGUGGAUAACUGUCGUAUCAAACUUCUGUCUACAGUAUCUACAGGAACCCCAACAUGAGACACUACCAACUAAACAGAAUUUCAAACAUGCAACAUAUAUGGAAUCAGAAUUUAUUUCUUGAUCCUGUAAAUACACGAAUUCAGAAUAAUUUUAGAACACUUGGAAUACGUAGCUUCUGCUCCCCAACAAAUGGCAGUCUCACACAUGUGGAUGAAGAAGGUCGAGCAGCAAUGGUUGAUGUUGGCAACAAAGAAGUCACGACUCGUAUAGCCAUGGCCCAGGCUGUAGUUGAAGUAGGAGCUCACAUAUUACAUCUCAUUGGGCAGAACAGCCUGAAGAAAGGAGAUGUACUGACUACUGCCCAACUUGCCGGUAUAAUGGCUGCUAAACGGACAUCUGAACUGAUUCCCCUAUGUCAUAAUAUCCCACUGUCACAUGUCAAGGUAGACAUGAAAUUAGAUGAAGACCAUCAUGCUGUCAUUAUCACAUCUACAGCAAGAUGUGAGGGUAGGACUGGCGUGGAGAUGGAAGCUCUUACAGCUGCUGCCAUAUCAGCUCUUACAGUCUACGAUAUGUGCAAAGCCGUGAGUCAUGACAUUGUCAUUUCAGAAGUCAAACUAAUGUUCAAGACUGGUGGUAUACGAGGUGACUUUGAAAGGAAGUAGUUUCAACAGAGUGGCAUAAUUUUACAAGUACAAAUAUGAGGCAGCAUAACGACAAAUAAAAAUAAGUGAAAAUGAUAAGAUUCUCCUACUCAUCUCCUAAAAUCAAAGACUGGCAUUUUGAAAGCAUUGUAGCAAUUGAUACUAGGUAGUAAACUGAAGAUGAAUAAAGAAAGAAGUAAAGCAAUUGCUUGAAGUAAAGGAGAUAACAACACAAACUACAUACAAAGUACCUAAUUGGGACUAAACGCCUGACAUGAAUGUAAUUAGAUAGAAUGGUUGAUUGUCAUAUGUCGUAACUGAAAUUCUCAACUUUCUGUUGGUCAUAACAGCAAGGUAAUUAUGAAAACGUUCUAAUGUAAUGGUAAUAUCACAAUAUUAAAAGACAAAUAUAGCAGUAUUAUGCACUUUGGAGCUGCAGCAUUUGCACAGUAACACUUAAUUUUCCAUUAGUUAAUAAUGUACAGCAGCUGACUGCAGUGGGCAUGUACUCUACAGCACAUCGGGUCUUUGACUGCUAAAAUAUUGUGAUCAUGGGAUCAAAUUUCAUUUGGAAUAGGUCAAUUUUUUUUUUUCCUGUGUUUUGUUGUCAUGUAUAGGGGAAAGUUUUGCAGUGGACUGAUUCUCCAUCUAUGCUGUUCUACCAGAUAUGUCAAAAGGUUCACUGUUUCAGAAAUUAGUGAAUCUGAAUAGAACAGGGUCUAGACCAGUGAAUGCUUCAGUCGGUGUUCACUUAAGUGUUAUAUAGUUGUGUGUUUAAAGCUAAGGAUUUAACUGCUUUUAAUGAGAUGAGAUUAGUAGAACAUCUUGUACUUCAGCUAUGAAGGCAUCAUUUCUUUUAUGUGAAUCUGUUUUAUGAUGAAAACAACCCCUUAAAUUUUUGCCUGUUACUAGCCAUUAUGUUUUACUAAGUAGUUUCAGUACAUUUAUAUGAUAAUUUAUGCAAGUAACACUAGAAGAUGUUAGUUAUCUGCUGUUGCCAUAGCAUAUAGCCACUAAUGAUGGAUGUAGGUAAUGUAUGUAUAUCAAAGCAGGUGUAUUUGUGUGUAUGUAAUGCUGAGGAAGGUAUGAUGCCACCUUGAUGUGAUAAUACUUUCAAUAAUACUUCCAUUACAACCAUGGUUCUCAACCUUUUGUGCCUGGUACCUCCUGAAAGAAUUCACCAAAUAUCUGAACCCCAUGAAAAACAAGUUGAAAAUCCACAACUUAAUUUUUAAUGCUCUGAUAAAUGACCUAUCAUAAUUUUUAUAUCUGCCAUAUACACAACAUUAUUCUAGGUCAAUUCAAAAUAAAAAUGACACCCAAACAUACCAUUUUGAUAGAAAAGCUGAAAAUUACGAGUGAGGAUUUAUGGUACCCCUAGGAAGCUGCUUUGCUAUCCCAAAGAGUACUGAUACCAAGGCUAAGAAAUGCUGCAUUAUAGUUAUGCAAUUGAUACUACAAUGGCCUUUAUUGUAUGGAGCUCAAAAGUCUAAUGUGGACACUUUUGCAGGGUUAGAAAAAAAAAUUCAGAUUGUAGCAAUUUUUUCUCAAUUGCAGAACCACUUACAUAAAACAGUGAAAAUGUAGCAUCUAUCAAAAUUAAAGAUGCAAAAAAACUUUAAAAACUGUGAUGCCAAGGUGAAAUGUUGAUUUGAAAUGAACAUUCUUCCUUUCAUUUCAUAUUUUAAUUUAAAUCAUUCAGCAAUAUGCAAAGCUGGCAGAAAGGUAAAAAUAAGAUGCUAAUCAAAAUUUUCAUGGGCAAAGAGCUUACAAAUAACCGAGCAAAGCACCAUUCUUACAAAUACUCCUAUACAGCACAGGGACUUAGGAGAUUACUGCUGAAGCAGACUUAAAAAAUGAGGUGUGCUGUAUUUUGCACAACACAUUUAUUUUUAUACCAUAUAAAUAGACUGAUAAUUGUAGGAUAACACAUCACACUGUAGUAGUACAAAAUAGGGCUGAUGUUUAACAUUUCUUCACUGUGUUAUUACUGAGGCUGGACAUCCCUUCCAAGUCAAGUAAAUAAUAAGCCUUAAAUGUUAAUACUUACAUAUACAUAUAUGUGUUUUAAUUAUUUUUCUGUAAAGUCUGUUUCUAAUGUAAUUAGAGAAGAUUAACAAGAACCAUAUUGUACUUCUUUUGGCUUAUUUUGGACUUGACCCAUUGUCUGGUAUAUAAAA